UUUCCCACCUGCCCACAGACUUCCGCAGAAGCAGACGUUCCUUCUAUGGGGGUUCUCCUACAGCUGAGCCCUGAUUCCAGGCCUGGUCUCUUCGGGAUCCCUGGUUUGGUUGGCUCUGCCUACUAACACCCAUUCUAGCACUUUGGUUUACUGGUGGAUUACACGGGCAGCAUCAGUAUUACAUAGAACAAACCUGUGUCAUAUCUCCUUGUUCCCUGGUCACUGCCCACAUGCCAUUCAGCUGUCUGUCUCCACACCAGUCUUUACUGUUGCCAUCAGCUGACUCAAGAUGAAGGGCUUUCAACCUACCAUCCCACUUUCUGAUCCCAGAGCUGGAAUUGUGCCCCAGUACCGAUCACUUUGGCCCCAGGCCUUCCAAGGACUGGAGGGUUUCCUGUACAUCAUGGAGGGUAUGUUGUAUCCCAGCCAGGCACCUCUGGUUUUGAGCAUGUACAAAAGUUCCUACAUGGCCGACUACAAGGACUUCAGCAAUUACACACCCCAUCUGGAAAAUCCUGAGGAGCAACGGAAGAUUGAAGCCCAGUUACGGCAGAAAGAAUUUUGCCCACCUGUUGCCCCAUCUACAUCGAUGCUGAUGAAAGGAUACCCAGCUUUCAGGGAUCCUCAAAUGACAGCAAAAGACCUAGGGCCCUGUGCCUUCUGUCAGGAACUAGCCCAGAAGGUCCCUCAGGCACAGCCCAGAAUCUGCCCUAGUGAUUACUAUCCUUCCUUGGACCCAAAAAAGAUCCCAGAAUAUAAAACUAGGUAUCAGUUUAAGAGAUUUCUGAAACCCCUGGAACUUAAUUAUCUGCUUCCUGAGAUUGGUGGACACAGGGAACUGACUGACACACAAUUCCCUUCAGAUAUGAAACCUAUCCCCUUGCGAUGGGGACCCUUGAAACCAUUUUACCUAUAGCAACCUUGAGAGUCCAACAGAAAGCCAGUAGGAGAGAAUGCAAUGCACCAACAUUCACUGUUUCACUCCCUCGGAGGGCAUGGGUCAGAAUUUAAAUAAAAUUUGAAAGUGC